GCACGUCAACGUGAAUGGGGCCGGGUAGUUUCCACUGCCGCUGAUAUUACUGCAAGAUUGGAAUUACUCACUAAUAUUAAAGGCACACACUCACAGCAUGGUGAAGCUUUGUCCUUCUUCUAAAACAGAGGCAAACCUGCCGCUCUGACUUCGACCUUUACCAACGGAAAGCCGUUAGCUCUGGUAGCUAACGUUAGCUAGCUGUGCUAGCUACAUAACCCUCGUUUUUCCACGCAGCUGACCUCCACCACAACAGACGCACUGAGUAUCGCUUUCCUUGCUAGGCUGGGGUCGUUCCCCCACUGUUGUUUCUUCACGUCUACUCCCAUUGUCCCCGUGUUGGUGCCCCGUGGACGGUUCCCGAAUAUGAUACAUAAUGAGUCAAAGAGAUACUUUAGUUCAUCUAUUUGCUGGAGGAUGUGGGGGCACAGUAGGAGCCAUAUUGACGUGUCCACUGGAAGUAGUAAAGACUCGUCUGCAGUCAUCCUCUAUCACUCUCUAUGUGUCUGAGGUCCAACUCAGUACUGUCAAUGGAGCAAGUGUGGCCCGUAUGUCCCCUCCAGGACCCCUGCACUGCCUCAAGUUGAUAUUGGAGAAAGAAGGACCUCGUUCUCUAUUCAGGGGCUUGGGGCCAAACUUGGUGGGCGUGGCACCUUCCAGAGCAAUCUACUUUGCUGCUUACUCCACGGCCAAAGAGAGACUGAACAGUGUGUUUGAGCCUGAUUCCACACAGGUACACAUGAUGUCGGCUGGAAUGGCAGGGUUUACAGCUAUCACAGCAACAAAUCCAAUAUGGCUGAUAAAGACCCGUCUACAGCUGGAUGCAAGGAACCGUGGUGAGCGAAGGAUGAGUGCGUUUGAGUGUGUGCGGCGAGUGUAUCAAGCAGACGGCCUGCGAGGCUUCUAUAGGGGUAUGUCUGCUUCCUACGCUGGUAUCUCAGAGACUGUGAUCCACUUUGUGAUAUAUGAAAACAUCAAACGGCGCCUCUUGGAGGCCAAGGCACCGCAGAACAUGGAAGAGGAGGAGGAGGCAUCUAGAGAUGCUUCAGACUUUGUGGGCAUGAUGCUUGCCGCUGCCACCUCGAAGACCUGUGCCACAUCUAUUGCUUAUCCUCAUGAAGUGAUCCGCACCAGGCUACGAGAAGAGGGCACCAAGUAUAAGUCCUUCUUCCAGACUCUAAGAACAGUGCCCAAAGAGGAGGGUUACCGCGCUCUGUACCGGGGCCUCACCACCCACCUGGUCCGACAGAUCCCCAACACGGCAAUCAUGAUGUGCACCUAUGAGCUGGUGGUCUACCUGCUGAACGGUUAAAAUCCCCUCACCCCACCCUCUGAGACUGUAAAUGUUGCCCUGCCCUUGUUCGGAGACAGAAAGAAGAGAAUGAGAGCACAGCAGCUGGCACAACAACCUGCUCAACAGAAGACAGAGACUGCACCGUGACCUUUGUCUGAAGACGAGAGUGGUUGUUGAAACUAAGUUGGCAGUUUUGUUCUAAAACCAAAGGGUCUGACACAGGGAGGAGGAUAGCAGAGUUCCUCACAUUGGUUUUGGGAUCAGCAGAGGCAGAGUAAUGGUUGCCCUAUUUUAUUUUUGUUCCAUCCUUUUCUCCCUUGGGUUAUGUGUGUUUCUGCUUCUGGAAGCUCAGAGUACUGAUGACAUCACCCAAGUUUAAAGUGUAUUCUGCCUCUAACAAUACUAAUAAUUAGAGAGAAAUACAUUAAUUCCAAUA